GACCCUAUGUUGGUCGAGGAAAUCAUUGCAAUAGUUAUUGCUGAAUAUCUAGAGUUCAUUCGACACCUAUCAAUAGAGGACACCAGCCAUAUUCUGGACAUGGAGAAUGAGUCUGAAGCAUUGCCGGCAUCAAUACCACCUCCGGCAAACGAGAACAAAGUAAGGGCGUUCUUGAAGUAUUUCAGGGAACAAGCACUCGCUUGGGAAUCUGCUCAUCAACAGGCCAGAGAACAGGACAGGGAAGACACUCAGCAGCGCAUACAAACUCUAUAUUCCAGGACGGAAAAAUGUAAACGGAGAUGGAAUCCCAAAGUGUCGAUCUCACAAGGAUGACAAAUUGGAGUAAGUGGAGCGCAAGACAAUUAUAGCCAAUGCAUUCACAAGAGUUAACUAGGUAGAAG